UUAUUUAUUUUUUUUCCUCCAUUUUUCAUUCCAAUAUCCAAUUUUCUCUGCAUAUCUCCUCUCUUUUUUCCUUCACCAUUUUUGUUUUGGUUUUCUAUUGCCUUCUUUCUUUUCUUUUUUUCCUUUCUGCUUUCACUCUGUCUUGCCUUCACUUUUUCUUUAUUUCUGUUUAAUCGGGUUGAUGUUUCUUCAGUAAGUAUUAUGGCAUGUCGGGUAACGGAGCUGAAAGUCAGUAGUCUUCCCUUUUCUGUGUCUCUGAAUGAAACUGUGGCACAUCUGAUCCAUGUCUUGUGCAUAUGAUGUUAUUGUUUCAUCUGAAACUUUCUGCUUUUCUCUCUUUGUGUCUCUCUCUCUCUCUCUCUCUCUCUCUCUCUCUGUCCCUGUCUGUCUCUCGAUCAUCCCAUCCAUCUGGGUGAAUGCUGCUGCAAACCCCUGGUGAUUUAUAGAGACGUUUGUCAAAGAGUUCUUAGCUAAAGCCAAAGAAGAUUUCCUGAGGAAAUGGGAAUGUCCACCACAGAGCACAACUUGUUUAGACGACUUUGACAGACUGAAGACUCUGGGCACGGGCAGUUUCGGGAGAGUCAUGCUGGUAAAACACAAGGGAACAGAACAGUUCUACGCCAUGAAGAUUCUGGACAAACAGAAGGUGGUGAAAUUGAAGCAAAUAGAACACACGCUAAACGAGAAGAGAAUAUUACAGGCGGUAUCAUUCCCCUUCCUCGUCAGACUGGAAUAUGCCUUCAAGGAUAAUUCCAACCUGUAUAUGGUGAUGGAGUACGUACCGGGUGGCGAGAUGUUCUCACAUCUACGAAGAAUCGGGAGGUUCAGUGAACCACAUGCACGGUUUUAUGCAGCGCAGAUAGUCCUCACCUUUGAGUACCUCCACUCGCUAGACCUCAUCUACAGAGACCUGAAGCCUGAAAACCUUCUCAUCGAUCAGCAUGGCUACAUACAGGUCACCGACUUCGGCUUCGCAAAACGGGUGAAGGGCCGAACCUGGACGUUGUGUGGAACCCCGGAGUACCUUGCACCAGAGAUCAUCCUCAGCAAGGGCUACAACAAAGCAGUAGACUGGUGGGCCCUGGGAGUGCUCAUAUACGAAAUGGCUGCGGGUUAUCCUCCAUUCUUCGCUGACCAGCCCAUUCAGAUCUACGAGAAGAUCGUGUCUGGAAAGGUACGGUUCCCGUCUCACUUCAGUUCAGAUCUGAAGGACCUGCUAAGGAAUCUGCUUCAGGUGGACCUGACGAAGCGGUAUGGCAACCUCAAGAACGGCGUCAACGACAUCAAAAACCACAAAUGGUUUGCCACGACAGAUUGGAUCGCCAUCUAUGAGAGAAAGGUGGAGGCUCCGUUUAUUCCUAAAUGCAGAGGCCCGGGAGACACGAGCAACUUCGACGACUAUGAAGAGGAGGACAUCCGCGUGUCUGUUACAGAAAAAUGUGCGAAGGAGUUUGCCGAGUUUUAGUCGCGGACACCUCAGAGCUAUACGUAUACAUAUAUACGUAUAUGUAUUUAUCUAUAUAAAUAUAUAUAUAUAUAUGAGUGUGUGUGACUGUGUGCGCAUGAAUGCGUGUGCGAGCGUGUGUAUAACCACACAGCAAAUGAAGUAAGGGGAUCUUUGCACUCUAAAGACACGGGGACGGAGCGGAGACCACAUCACUACGUCAGAGUUACUGCAUAGCUCCUUCAUUCCGUCUGGUUCUUCAUCAAGAGGCCAACAAAAAGCCCUCACGCUUUACACGUUACAUCAGACUCUCCACUUGCUCAUGCAACCCUCUUUAUUUUUAUUUUUUUUGUGGUUUGUCUUGGCUGUUUGAAAGGUGAAAAGGUUUGUCAGAAGUGUUCAGGACUAGGACUUCCAACGCCAAAACACUCCGAGUGCCAGUUUAUCAGGUAACCCUGCCGUCUUCUGACACUUCUUCAGCCCUUCUGCUGUUCCAUCACAGGACGACCGUUCGCUCCACGUUCGGAGUGUGUGGUAAUAUAGCAGCAUAACAGAAACUCCAAGUGCACACCCUCCACCAGGGGGCCUCGUACCAAUGUGGGGAUUUAUAGAGAUGUAUUUUAAAAUGUGUUUAAAAGAUUACAGAGCAAGCGGCGUUUCGAUCGAGAUUUUCUGUUGCAACUUUUCAGAUCUGGGGUCAAGCAACAAAUCCAAACAAAGAGCAGGAAUCAAAACUUUAGUACCCAUUGAGCAACAUGAGCUCAAAGAAUGCGCAGACCAAACGUCCGAUUCAGGCGCAAGUCAUUUCUUUUCGUUUGUUUACACGUCACUUUUCUUGCAUGCUGUGGAUCACUUACUACAUUACUACAUCCACAUGUGUAUAUAUAUGAGAGAGAGAGAGGUGGGUUCACCUGUUACAUCCUUUUACACUACACUCGUUCAACUGAUGGACUUUUAUCUGUAUAUGUCCUGUUUUUAUGGAAACCUUUGCAUUCUAUACUUUAUUUUUACUACAUCCACUAUUGUUACUAUAGUUCAUUAGCAGGAUUUUUAGUGGAUGUAAUAUUGUAGUUUAAAAAACAAUACUAUGCCUCUGCCACUCUGUGGGAUUGUGGGUCGUCCAUCUGAGCAAGAUAUCUGAAGAACAAGUGGCAAAACGUUUGUAGCAUAACUCGCUGUCGAGUUCUACUUGUUUACUGUGAUUGCAAAAAAAAAUACUCUCUUGAUUCAGGUAGAACCGAGUAAAGUAUAACGGUCUUGUUUAUGAGCUCAGCACUAAGCAGGUUUUGAUGGUCCUGGAAUUUGAACCUUCUGAGCAGUAGCCCAAAGCCUUAACCAUCUCGAAGCAUGUUAUCGCUUAGGUGUGUGAAAGCUUCAGGACGCAUCACUACCACGUCAGUGUCAAUGCUGCGCCUCAGAAUGAACCAAAUGAUACCCGAGCUCCUCUGGUGGUCGUUUUUUUUUUUUUUUUUACUGACUUGAUGUGGAUGGAUGUCAGCAGAUGGGCUGCAGUCAGAAAAUAAAUAAAUAAAUAAACAGCUGGAGUUGGGUGAGUCCACAGUGGGUGAGCUUAAUAAACCGGCACGUUGCUCAGACUCGAUGCCACUCGUGAUCUCAGCAGUGUCAUGUAGCUAUGAUUUGAAGGAUACGCAUCUCGCGUUGUGUCUGUUACAAGCUUUUGUGCAAUUUUCUUUUCCUUCAUUUUCAAGUAACAGCAGCAGUUAUCUUACCUCAGACUCGACCUCUGACCACUUUAUUUUGUUUCCCGUCCUCAGCUCGCAGAGGUGCCGCUUCUCUCCUGUGCACAACGAAUGAUUUGUGAAGGUUUUUCUUGUUAAAUUGUGAAGAACACUUCAGCCAGUGUUGCAAGCAUGACCAAAACGUCUGAGCUGUGGUUGCUGGAGGUUUUGAUCCAUCAUGACUGAACCCAUGAUGAGUGUUAGAGUGAUCGUUAGUACAACCUGCACUUAAUCCAGACUUGCCCUGGCUUUUAGGCUUUUUUUUUGUAUAAUUUCUGUAUUAUUUUAAAGCUUUGAUGUGAAGAAGGUUAUAUCUUAAAAUGCCCUGGUACAUCGUUCCGAUUCGGCUCAGAACAACUCAAAGUACUGUAUAUUUUCAUUAAACGAUGUGUAGCAGAUACCGUUUGCUGUGAACGUGGUUUCCUGCGUUUUUGUGGAAACCGACCCUGAGAAUCGCCAGAUGCACAUGAAAUCUUUUCGUAUUUGUGUUUUUGUUUUCUAAGCCCCCUCCCCACCCCCACCCCCAAAGAAUCACCACACCAUUCUCCAGUUUCUGUCUCUUUCUAUCCUUGAUUCUUUCAUUGUUCUGACUGAAUUUAGAGUUGCAACUCGUAGGUAUGGAUCUUGUUUGCGAUGCUUGAUUUCCAAGGUACAUUCUCACAGACACACAUACUUCAAAAAAUGAUUUGAAAAAGAAAGAAAGAAAAAAAAAACAGACUGGGGUUUGAUAGCCUCAGCUCCUUUGUAUCACAGAAUUCAGUUAUUGUUCUGCUCAUAAUGCAUAUAUGCAUUGUUUCUUAUAUAUGUUUUUAUUUAUACACAUUAGAGAUGCUAAUAAAUUUUAUUUUUAAAAUUG